GUGGAUUGGUGGUGCUGAGGGCUUCAAGCUGGAUGAUGAUUUCAUUAAAAUGGAGAAAAAAACCGAGGUGACAGCUAAGUUGGUGGAGAAACUUCAGAGAAAAACAAUGGAGUUCCUCCAACCAAACCCAAACAUGGCUGACAAGAAGUAUGCUCUGGAUGAUGAUGUGAAGCAGAAAUUUCUGGGACCAAUACAUCACCUUCAGUCCAAGGACAUAAAGGAGUUGAAUGAGGAGUUCAUUUCGUGGCUGGCUGCAUUCACUGAGGUUCUAAUGAAGUAUCAUCAAGAUUGCUCUGAAAUCGUCACCGGACUCCAUGAACGAAUCCUAAAGAAGAAGAAUGAAGCAGCUGCUCGUUCCAGGAAGGAGUUUGUGCCAAAAACUCUGAGCGACCUGAAGCUGACGAUUCCUGAUAUCAACGUUGACGGUGUUCAAUUGGAAGAAGCAGUUCAGCAACCACAACAGAGGGAUGGAAAAUUUGACCAACGCAAGCAUAAUAUGGUACAUGGACCUCAUGAAACUCUCAUAUUUGAGUUUGGUGUGAAUAAUUUCCUUCUAAUUGACAAGAUCUCCGAGGAAGAGAAAGUUUCUCUGCCAAUUGGCUUGAAGAUGUGUGACGCAGAUCAAUCACCCGAUGGAUGUGCGGAUGAGAAGUACGCCUCAUCCUCGAAUGAUGAGGUUGCAGUUCCUGGAAUAUGUGGUCGUUAUAAUGCUAUGGAGUGCGAGGCUAGCAGUGGAUGCAUAGAAUUGCACUUAUGUCUCAACUACAUUCUGGAUUCAUGCACUGGUGGGUGCCUACUGAAUCAUGAUAUUUUGGACCCACAAUGUGAACAAUUGCUCAAGAAUGCCGGAGUGGAGACUUCAAGAAAGGAUUUGAAGAUGAUGUUGAGGAUGGAGCUGAAGGAGCAAAGGCUGGAUGCAAUUUUUGAGCUUCAGAGACAGUGCAGGAGGCAGAUGGAAGAGGCUGCAAAGAGAAAGGUCUUCCAUGCUCAUGAAGAUGAUGGGGAGGUGGAAGUACCUGAGGUUUGCAUCUUCCUUCUUAACGGUAGAUGUCUCGAUGGAGAAAGUGGCCUUUGCAAGCGUUUACAUGCUGGGACACCUUAUCAUUGGCAAGUGAUGGAUCCCGUUACCAAUAAAUGGAUCAACUUGAGCAAGAACCAAUCUUUCAAGCUUGAGCAUAAUUUUUCUGAUCCUGCUAAAGACACGGUCCAGCUUGACUCAUUCACAUCAGAGGAAGUCCACUUGACGGAACGACGUCAACUCAAAGAAUUAUUAAAUGACACUUCAUAUGAGAUGGACUUUAAAAGUAUGAAAUUAAACACGGAAACCAAGGGAGGAAUGGACAUUCGAAGACUUAGUACACAAUCAUAUGUCAUGACAGGAGGAAAGAAGCACUCCACCAUUUGGUGGUGGUACUUCCUUGACGUAUCAGGGAAGUGGAUGAAAUAUGGUGAUACCACAGCUGAGCACAAGUCCUCUAGUGACCUGAAAUCAGCAGACAUAGAAAAGCAGUUCCUACAAGGAAAUGGUUGCGUCGGCUUUAGAACUAAGAAAUUCAAGUAUGAAAUCAACUUCGAGACAAUGCAGCAGGAGAAUCUGAAGACAAAUACGCGGAGGGACAUCAGACGUCGUCCUGCACCCCCUGAAGGAUCUAGCAAUACCCAAUACCGCCAUUUACCAUCUCACUGGGUCCCCAUGCAAGAGGCAGAACGUUGCAAGAUGGUUCUUUUAGAUCUUGGAUCCCAAGAAUUCCUAAAUGUUGCUGCCCACAUGCCUAGCUUUACCAUCUGUAAGAUCACAAGGGUUCAGAAUCCCAAUCUAUGGGAGAAGUAUCAAAAUAAGAGAUUGGAAUUGUUAAGGAAGUAUAAUGACAAUGCAGGACAAUGGCGUAGCCUGGAUUUCGCCAAUGGUGAGGCUAAGCUGGAACGGUGGGGGGGGGCUUACUUCUCCUCGCCUGGUAUGGGGGUGAGGGGUGGCGGAAGCAUGCAGAACGGAGUUGGGGGGGCUUGA